ACACUUAAAACGACGCGAUAACCUUGCUCUUGCAAGUAUUGGCAGUGUUCUCAUCAUUCAACUUUAAUAGUAUAGUAAUAUCCAAUUUUCCCAACGUUUAUUUUAUUGUAAUUUGUGUAUCAAAUUUUAUUUCGAGAUUAUUUUACGUACAAAUUGUGCGCUAUGGAAAGAUGGCGCGAGUGUGAAUCUCAUAGAUCGCGUUUUUGAUGCGUCACUGCUCUAGCAGCUGAUUCGUUAACCUCAUCAAAAGGUGCUUUAAAUUUGUUUUUUUCUUGAAUUUAAAUUCGAAACAACGUAAGCAAUCGCAUUAAUGACGUGAAAUAGGUACUGAAAACGAGCAACAGCAAUCUUCCAAGAAAAGAUUUUACAUUAAUGGAAGUCAAUUAAGUGUCAAAGAAAAAGGUUUUUAAAUAAAGUAUUAAUAAAAUAAAAUACGUGCACGUUUCGAGUCAAGUGGACCCGAACAGAACAGAGUAGGGCUAAUCUAAUCUAAUGAAUCUGAUAUCUAAUCGAAAAAUGAUUAUAAAACCAUAAGACUCUGUUAUGUGACAACGUACAUGCGUGGAGAAUUUAAAUUUUAUUCCAGAAAAAUCAUUCCAGGAAUUAAUAAAAAUGGCCACGAGUUUUGUGAUACGGAAAGGCCUACGUUCCAUUAGCGUUUACUGUUACGCUACAUGGAGCAGAUCGAAGAACUUGAAGCACGUUGGAGCAGGGAUCCUAACGGGGCUCGCGGCAUACGGCGUGGGAUCCAGGAUGACAGUUCUAGCCGCGCAGAAUGACCUGCACACCUACAUUAAAACCUUUAUGGCGGAGCCUAUCACGGCCGUCGAGAAAUUGCAGAAAAACCAGAACGACAUGAAGACGAGGAUGGAACUGCUGGUGAUGAAGACCCAGGCGAACUUCUGCAAAGCACUUGAGAAGCUGGAGGAGGACAGGAAAUUUUUCGAAGUGGAUCGCUGGACCAGGAAGGAAGGCGGUGGCGGGGUCACCUGCGUGCUGCAGGAUGGCCAGGUGUUCGAAAAGGCUGGCGUCAACGUUUCCGUUGUGACCGGCGCGUUACCGCCGAAUGCGAUCCAGCAGAUGAGAGCGCGCGGCAAGAAGCUGCAGGAAGACAUAGAGCUGCCGUUCUUCGCAGCCGGCGUAAGCGCCGUGAUUCAUCCCCGCAAUCCCAUGAUUCCCACGAUACACUUCAAUUAUCGCUAUUUCGAGGUGACGAAUCCGGACGGCACGGUUCAGUGGUGGUUCGGCGGUGGCACCGAUCUCACCCCGUACUACCUGAACGAGGAGGACGCCAGGCACUUUCACAAAACGCUGAAAAACGCAUGCGACAAGCACGAUCCCACGUACUACGACCGGUUCAAGAAGUGGUGCGACGACUACUUCAACAUCGUGCACCGCAAGGAACGGCGUGGCGUGGGCGGGAUAUUCUUCGACGACCUCGACACCCCGAGUCAGAACGAGGCGUUCCAGUUCGUCACCUCGUGCACUGAGGCGAUCAUUCCUUCGUACAUUCCCCUAGUAGAGAAACACAAGAACGACGGCUAUGGUUAUCACGAGAGGCAGUGGCAAUUGUUGCGCCGCGGCAGAUACGUCGAAUUCAACUUGAUCUACGAUCGCGGCACCAAGUUCGGCUUGUACACGCCCGGCGCGCGAUACGAGAGUAUACUAAUGUCCCUACCGCUGACCGCGAAGUGGGAAUACAUGCACGAACCCAAGACUGACUCGAGGGAGUCGAAACUUCUGGAGGUGCUGAAAAACCCGAAAGAUUGGCUGGGCGAAGCGGACAAUGCGAGCGUAGAUCUCGAAAAGUAACUUUCAAUCAAAUUAAUGAGAAAAAAAAUUACAAGAAGGUAAGGGGUAACAGUGCAAAUAUAAAUUAUCUUAGUUCAUAAGUAAGAUCUAAGAUAGAAAUAUAUAAAUAUAUAAAUCAGAUCGAUAUUUUGAGAGUCGGAUUUGCAGGUGUAUAAAUUAACUUUUUGUUAGAGACACCGAAUGUCAAAGUGUUUUAAUAUCAAUUGAACGUGAUGCCUGAAGUGCCAAAUAUUAGAGAACUAUGUAUUAUAAACAAUCGUGAUAGAAAAUUGAAUACAGAUUUUGUACAAUAUACAUGUAUUAAUUAGCAACUGGUCUUGUAUACAAUCGUACAUACAUUUAUAUUUCUUGUGAAAAGAAAUCAAUAUAAAAGUAAAAAUAAUAAUGAAAUAAAAGAGAAUGUUAUAUAAAA